GAUCCCGACGUGCGGCGCGCGGCGGCGGCGGCGGAGCGGUGGAGCGGGGAAGAUGGCGGCGGCGGGCGCGGGGGCCGGGCCCGGGCCCGGCGCGGGACCCUCGGCCGGCGCCGGUGCGUCCAACCCGCGCAAGUUCAGCGAGAAGAUCGCCCUGCAGAAGCAGCGGCAGGCGGAGGAGACCGCGGCCUUCGAGGAGGUGAUGAUGGAGAUCUGCUCCACACGGCUGCAGGCACAGAAGCUGCGGCUGGCCCACAGCCGGGGGCCGUUCUACAGCGGCUCCCUGCCCAACGUCAACCAGAUCGGCACCGGCGUUCCCGAAUUCCAGGGUCCGUCACCGCUGGAUUCCACGCGGAGCACGCGGCACCACGGGCUGGUGGAGCGCGUCCAGCGGGACCCGCGCCGGAUGAUGUCCCCCCUGCGCCGCUACGUCCGGCAGAUCGACAGCUCUCCCUACGGACCCACGUACCUGUCGCCUCCGCCUGAGCCCAGCUGGAGGAGGACCAUGCCCUGGAGCAAUUUCCCGAUGGAAAAAGGACAUUUAUUCCGGCUGCCCUCAGCUCUCAACAGGACGAAUUCCGACUCGGCGCUGCACACGAGCGUGAUGAACCCCGCGCCCCAGGACGCCUACCUGGGCCCCUCGCAGGCCGGGCCGCCCCCCGGCCGCCGCGCCGGUUUCCUGGACGGCGACUCGGACAGCAAAGUGUUUCUUUUCCAAGUGCCUCCCAUCGAAGAGAACUUCGAUGACAACAAGCACUCGCUGAAGCCCUGGGACACCAAGAAGCUCUCGUCCUCCUCGGCCCGGCCGCGCUCCUGCGAGGUCCCGGGAAUCCACGUAUUCCCAUCCCCGGAUCAACCUGCCAACGUGCCCCUCAUGCCCUCGGCCCUCAACACCGGGGGGUCCCUGCCCGACCUGACCACGCUGCACUUCCCGUCCCCUCUGCCCACCCCCCUGGACCCCGAGGAGGCCCCGUACCCGCCCCUGAGCGGGGGCAGCAGCACCUCCAACCUGGCCACCACCAUGACCCACCUGGGCAUCAGCGGCAGCGGCGGCGUCGGGCUGGGCUACGACCCCCCAGGACUCCCCUCACCUCUGCAGAGCUCCCUGAGUAACCCGUCCCUGCAGUCCUCCCUGAGCAAUCCCAACCUCCAGGCCUCCCUGCGCAGCCCCUCGCUCCAGGCCUCCCUCAGCAACCCCUCGCUCCAGUCCUCCCACAGCAGCUCCUCCAUCCCCUCCUCCCUCUCCAACCAGUCCCUGCCUUCCUCCCUGUCCUCCUCGCUCUCCAACCCCUCGCUGCCCACGUCCCCCCGGAGCCAGCCCCUCCAGUCCUCGCCCAGCAACCCCAGCCUGCCCUCGGGGCUGGGGGGCUCCUUCGCGGCCACCUCGCCCCGCCGGCGGGUCCCGCUCAGCCCCCUGUCCCUGCCCGUGGCCGGCGACUGCAGACGGCAGCACCCCAAACAGUUCUCACCAACAAUGUCACCCACAUUGUCCUCCAUCACCCAGGGCGUCCCCCUGGACACCAGCAAGCUGCCGGCGGAGCAGCGGCUCCCGCCGUACCCCUACGGACAGCCGGGAAUGCUGCUGGGCCCCCAGCCCCCCCCGCGGGCCCCCGCGCCCGCCCCGCGCCCCUACAACCCCCCCUACGCCCCCGGCACCGCCCUGGGGCAGCCCCUGGCACAGCCCCCCGGAGACUUCGGCCUGGGCAGCCUGGAGCAGUUCGGGAUCGGGGAGAGCCCCCCCGGGAACAGCGGAGGGUUCCCCGAGGAGCUGGGGGCCCUGAGUUACCCCCCGAGCGAGGGGGGCUACGAGCCCCCAGGCCUGAACCGCCCAAACCUGAGCAACUGCAGCCGCCACGGCCCCAUCCCCAACAUCAUCUUCACAGGCGAUUCCCCCCCCGGGCUGUCGAAGGAGAUCGCGACGGCGCUGGCGGGGGUCCCGGGCUUCGAGGUGGAGGGGGGGUCCCUGGGGGGGCUGGGGGGGCUGGAGGAGGAGCUGCGCAUCGAGCCGCUGACGCUGGACGGGCUGAGCAUGCUGAGCGACCCCUGCGCGCUGCUCACCGACCCCGCCGUCGAGGACUCCUUCCGUUCCGACCGGCUCCAGUGAGCCCGGGAGGGCUCCGGGCCCGCGCCCCCCCCGCCAUCCCCGGCCCCGGGGCCGCCCCCCGGCCCCGCCGCCCGCUGCGCUCGCGCUGAAACGCCGGGAAAAGCCUGGGAAAACGCCGGGAAAAUCCUGGGAAAAGCCUGGGAAAAGCGGGCAGGGGGCUCCGGCCGGGCGCUGCCGGCCCCACGGAGCCCCCAGACCGUGGCUGGGGAGGGCUCCGAGCGCCGCCCCCCAAUUCCCGCUCCGGGAAUGCCCCUCGGCCCCAGCGGUCACUGCUGGCCCAGGAAAACCCUGGGAAGAGCGGGGAGGGGGCUCCUUCUGCUCCAUCCGAAUCCAGCGAGGCUGGGGGGGGGGGUCCCCAGCACCGCCAGCCCCCCCAGUUCCCCCCUCCAGCCCCCACCGACCCCACCUCGGAGCCGGGAAAAGCGGGGAGGGAGAGACAAUCCAGGCGACCCCGCCCCAACCAAGCCUGGGGGGGUUCCGGCCAGCGCCCCUCCCCGAAUUCCCGCCCCCAGACCCGACCGGGCACUGUUCUCCUGGGAAAUCCCUGGGAAAACUGGGGAGGGGGGCAACGCAGGCACCCCCGGACCCCGGCGGAGGGGUCCCGACCCCCCCGGGCUGGCUGUACAUAACCCCGUAGGUAGAGACCCCCGGGGGGGGCCGCUUCUGCCUUUACUUUAUCAUUUUUCCGGCUAAUCAUCAUGUUUAAGGAGAAAUCCCGCUCCCCCCCAUAUGUACCCCCAGCCCCCCCAAAUUACCGGGGACGUGUAGAAAGCACUUGUAACUUUGCCCCCCCCCCAAACUGCCCCCCCCGAGGGAGCACGGGGGGGGCCCGUCCGCGGGUGGGGGGCCCUGGGCCCCCCCCGGAGGGAGCCAGAGUGAU